AUGCUGGUCUCGACAAUUCUCGGGUUGGUUCUGGCGCGACUGGCGUUGGCGAGUUCGGCCCAGCCGGUCGAAUGCCCCAUCGUGGAGUCGUGCUCUUCCGAAGCGAGCCCUGCCAACCUCGACCCAUGUUGCGUUCCCAAACCGGGAGGUCUCUUUGUCUUCCGACAAAGACUGCAGCUGGACGAAGCGGAUGACCUCGGAAAUUGGGGGAUAGAUGGGAUAGACGUGUUGGGAUGCGACACCCUGAAACCCAUCACUACGAGUUGGUCAUCCCCAAGAUAUAGUCAUGAGGAGAUCUCGUCCCUCUGUCUGAAGUCACCUCUCUUCGGCGGAGAGUCUGGUUAUACCAAGGCCGAGAAGGAAUGGGCAAUCACAGAAACCGGCGAGGGCGUGGAGGAGCUCUGGGCAAGAGCUGUUCCAGCUUUCUUUGACGUUCUUCACCAGCUGAAGGCUCGCUUCCCAGUGUCAAAGCUCCUGGCAGACGCCGAUAUAACCCCAUCGUCCGACACUACCUAUUCUCUAUCCGAAAUUGAGGCCGCUUUGUCAGCAGUCAACCAGACUGUGAUAGUGACCUGUAUAGACGGAGCGAUAUCGCUAGCUGCAUGGCCAUUCACCGUCAAGGGCAAAUUCCAAAGCGGGGACAUCAUACCCUUCUCCGAACUCCCGGCGGGUAUGACCGGCUCUAAUUGUCCGAAAGAGGGCAUCAAGUACCCCUCGUCGGUCCACGCACCUCCGCCCAAACCAAGCGCGAAAUGGGACCCGAUCUUCCGACCACAACCUCGAGCGAUUCGGAAAUCACAUGAUGAGUCGAAGCUGUACCAUCCGCCUUCUUCCGAUGAAGACGGAUCGAGUGGUUCUCGCGAUCCACUUAAGUUGGGCUUCUUCAAGGGGAAGGACCAGACUCGGGAGGAACAGGAGGAUCGAUACGGGAGGCAAUUCUCCCGGGAUGAGCUGUGA